AUGGAAGGUAAAGUAAUUUUGGUAACUGGUGGUGGAUCGGGAAUUGGUAGAGCGAUUUGCUUGGAGUUGGCAAAACAAAAGUGUAAGGUUGGUGUUGCCGAUAUCAAUGUUAAAGGUGCGCUCGAUACUAUUGAUUUGAUGAAGGAAGUCAAUAGCGAUGUUGAUACUGUUGCUAUCAAGUGUGAUAUCUCCAACAUUGUCGAAGUCGAGAAAAUGAUGGUCACUCUUAUCGACAAAUUCCAAAGAAUCGAUGGUGCUGUCAACAACGCUGGAUAUCUUGGUACACCUUCAAAGAUUGGUGAAGCUGAUAUUUCAAAUUUUGAUAAAGUGAUUGAUAUCAAUUUGAAAGGUACAUUCUAUUGUAUGAUAGAAGAGAUUAAACAAAUGGAAAAACAAACCAGAGAAGAAAAAGAUGAUUUCUGUAUUGUAAAUAUAAGUAGUGUUGCAUCAAUGCUUGGCGUUCAAUAUUUUGCACCCUAUGCAUGUAUUAAGAGUGGAAUCAAUGCAUUCACAAAGACAGGAGCAUUGGAAUACGGAGAGAGAGGUAUUAGAAUCAAUUCCGUUGCACCUGGAACUAUCAUGACUCCAAUGCUGGGACAGUUGCUACCGACUGAAGAUCACAUGAAGAUGUCAGCCAACAAAUCAGCCAUGAAAAGACACGGUAAGCCAUCAGAGAUUGCCGAUGCAGUAACAUUCCUAUUGUCACCAAAAGCAACAUUUAUAACCGGACAUACAAUGGUAGUGGAUGGUGGAUUUACAUUAUUUUAA